AAUGUAAUCCAUAUACCUAUCAAGAAUCCCUAUAAAUAAACCCAAGAUAUGAAACCUCAAACAUCACUAAAGCUUACAACAUAGUAGCUAGCUAUCAAUACACCCUUCUAUUUCGACGAAAUUUUUUCCGUUCUCGUUGAGCUCAUCUUAGAAAAAUAUUACUCAUAAUAUCUUUAGAUACAAUUAUAUAAUUUCAAAUAUGGAUAAGAUUAGAGAGUUGGCAUCAAAGAGGGCAGCAGUAAUAUUCACUAAUAGUUCAUGUUGCAUGUGUCAUAGUAUGAAAGCACUAUUUUAUGAACUAGGAGCAAGUCCAGCAAUUCAUGAACUAGAUCAAGAUUCAAGAGGCAAUGAAAUGGCGGUGGCAUUGAGAAGCCUAGGUUGUAAUCCAUGUGUUCCUGCUAUUUCCAUUGGUGGACACCUUGUUGGAUCAACUAAGGAUGUUAUUUCUCUUCAUGUUGAUGGAUCUCUUAAACAAAUGCUUAUCAAUGCUAAAGCUAUUUGGUUGUAGCUAAAACUAGUUUCUUUUCUUGUCUUGUCUUGUCUUGUCUUGUUUCCUUUAUAGGGUGUUGGACUCUAAAGAAAACCAUGUCUUUUUUUAUAUAUAUGAAAAUGGCUGAGAAUGGAAACUAUAAUUUUCUCUUUAUUUAUUUUCAUUA